UCGCGAUUGGACUGGGGGAUUGAUUGGCGAAAAGUUAUCGGUUGCGAUCAUUUUUUCCGAAUGGCAUACUCACUUAUAUAGUAGGUACUAGGAUUAGUUCCCGUGGCGGACCAUGGAACUUUCCAAAAUACUUUUACAACGUCGGGGUGCCGAUCUUGACGACAAUCCAUACGCGGUUCAUCAAAUCCAACACUCAUGCCGCACCAUCUCGUACAAGCAUGCCAAGGAAUACUUGGUGCAACAUCAAGAGUGGCUCAAAACUAGUAUCUUCGAUUCCUUUGAAGAACGAAUCACUCAUGCCUCGCCCGACUCGACGAUCGUGAUAGCCUACCUUUCCAACAACUCACCAGAUCUAUUCCUGUCGGUCAUCUCAGCCACGAGUAGUUGUGUAAGGGCUCUCCCUGCUCUCAUUAAUACAAGAUGGACUGUGGCUGAAGUUGGACAGGCGCUACAAUCCACAAAUUCUAACGACAUGACGUUGCUGUUGUAUGGCCCAGAAUUUCGUGAGACAGCUGAAGAAGCAAGCAGAAUCAUUGCUCAUUUCGUUGUAAGCCUUCCCAUUCCCUCCUUGGUCCGACUUGGUCCAAUCAUCGUUCCCGAGAGCGACAGACGACGAUCCGCCACCACAAAUGACUACGACCUUAAUGCCUGUAUUCUCGAGCUGAGUCGCUUACCGCUCAGCCACGAUGACGCACUAAUAGUCUUCACGAGCGGAACAACCAGUGGUCCCAAAGGAGUCCGACUGAGCCAUCGGGCACUGGUCAUGCAGGCGUUAGCUAAGCUUCAGCCCCCUUGCCGAUACUCCUCGAAAACUGUAAUGCUCGCUACAACUGUUCCUUUCUUCCAUGUCGGAGGUCUCAGCAGUAUUUUGGCAGUCUGGUUGGCCGGUGGGACACUCAUCUUCCCCGGAGCUCCCGGUAUGAGCUCAAAGUUUGACCCCUCUCGUCUUCUGGAUUCUCUUUCUCACGCCCUACCGUCAAACACGCUCGUUAUGGUGCCAGCAAUGAUCUUUGCCGUUCAAAAAGAGAUGCAACCGGGCGAAACCUUUCCUUACGUUGACCUCAUUCUCAUCGGGGGACAAUCUGCUUCCAACACCACAAUAGACUUUCUCACUGAAACAUAUCCCAACGCAAGGGUAGUGCAAACGUACGCCUGUACGGAGGCUGCUUCGUCAAUGACUUUUUUCGAUGUAACAGCGGAGCGUUCAUGUCUCGUCCAAUCUCUUCCUCUGGCUGGAGACUGUGUUGGGGUGACGCCUCGACACGUACGGAUAUCUAUCUUUGACGCAACUAAACAGCCCUCGCUCGAGGCUGUUGAAGAAUCUUAUACACCAGGUAUCAUUGGUACCGCUGGCGCACAUGUCAUGAACGGCUAUUGGAGACGUGGUGGACUCAAUCCUGUUCGCCGCUUUGAGGAAUGGUAUUUGACAAACGACUUGGGUUUCUGGGACGAGGAGAACCGACUAUAUUUUUGUGGACGAGCCAACGAUGUAAUUCGUACAGGUGGAGAGACUGUCUUGGCUUCCGAAGUGGAGCGGAUCCUGGCGAUGCAUCCAAGCGUGGUUGAGUGUGCCGUCUUUGCUCUGCCUGACGAACGAUUUGGCGAAGCGGUAUGCUGCGCUCUGGUAUGCUCGGGGUCGUGUCCAUGCGUUUCAGAAGUACGGAAGUUUUGCGCGAAGGAGGGAACUUUAGCUGGCUACAAGAGACCGCGUAGGUUGUUUGAAGUGGAAGAAUUACCCCGGAAUUCAUCAGGGAAGAUUCUGAAAUUCCUACUUCAGGAGCGUUUCAAAGACGCAGGGAGAUUGCGAAGCAAGCUCUAACAUUACAAUCCAAUCGAGAGCAGCAGACUUUGCUUUCAACAAAAUAAGUAUUCAGGUCUAGAGAGAGAAAUAGAUUUUA